GAGCUCUGAUCGGUGGGGCGGUUGAGCCGGAGGCUGGGAAGCUGUGCGGUUUGUGGUGGUUCUGAAGCCGAAGGGGGUUUUGCGUCAGAAAGAACAUGGUAGCUGGGGCGGAGUGGGGAGCGUCUGUGAUGAUCUGAGACUCGGAGGGGCCAACUCGGACUACAACAGUGUUUUAUUGGUGCCAUGGCAUUAGAUGUGCACUUCACAAUGUUUAAGGAGUUCAGUCCACUAUAUUACCUACUUAAUGCUAUCCCGGCAAAAGUACAAAAAGGAUUUCGAAAUGUACUCGUGCAUCUCACAGCACUUGAUGCCAAUAAAGACUACAUUGCAGUGGGCAGUAGCAUUGGUAUGCUUUAUCUCUACUGCAGGCGGCUGAACAAGAUGACCAAAUAUAAUCUGGAGGGUAAAACUGAUAUUAUUAGAGUGGUGAAAUUGUUGGCCUGCUUUGAUGACCUUGUUGCCGUUGGGACAUCUUCAGGAAGGGUGGUACUUUUCCAGCUGGUUUCCCCAUUGCCUGGGAGAAACAAGCAGUUGCGCCGUUUUGAUGUGGGUAUUCACAAAAGUAAUAUUACAGCACUAGCAUGGAGCACCAAUGGAAUGAAACUGUUCUCUGGGGAUGAUCAGGGCAAAGUAGUGUAUGCUAUUGUCGACUUGGAUCAGGGUGUUUGUAGUCCCAGUGUGAUAUUAGAAGAGUCAUCCCCUAUAGUACAAUUGGACUAUACUCAAAAAGUUCUGCUUGUUUCAACUUGCCAGCGCUCUCUUCUUAUUUAUACCGAGCAGAAUAUUAUCAAACAGGUUGGAACCCAGCCAAGAAAAAGUGCUGGCAGAUUUGGAGCAUGUUUCAUACCAGGCCUCUGUAAACAGACUGAUGUGAAUUUAUAUGCUUCGAGACCUGGACUUCGGCUGUGGAAAUCGGAUGUACAAGGGGUUGUUCAGUCAACUCUCCUUUUAAAAAACGUAUUUACCAGUGGAGUGAAGCCAUUUGAACUGUUACCUCGAGUGAAAUCGGCAACUGCAAGCAAGGGUAAUAUUAAACCAAAUGAGAGAAAUCUCGGGCUGUUGGAGUGCUUCCUACGUGAUGGAUGGGUGCUGAGCUGGAAUAAGACUAGUAUUUAUGUAAUGGAUGCAGUCAACCAGGCUCUGAUUGGUGGACUGGAAGGAGUCAGUGGCAUUGUGUCUGUUUGCUGUACAGAAGAUGAAAUUUUCAUGUUGACUGAUGACCGUGAUAUUGUUCGGAUUUCCACUAAACCAGAAGGUUUGAUGACAACAGGUGUACAUUCACAAAUAGAUUCUGUGCUGGCAGCCAGUUCCAGUGAAUCGGUUCAAGAAACAGUAAUCACAACAUACUCAAAAGAAAUGCAAAGUGAAAAUAAAGCACUUCAAAAUGACCAGUUCCUGAAGCAACAUCCAUGGUCUUCAGAACCCGAGCAAAGUUUGAAUACAAAAAACAAUGCAGAAGGACAUGUGUGGGAUGAGACAAGAGAAGGAAGAUAUUCCGAAAGUGAGCCAAGGAGCAGAAGCAGUUCUAUUAACAGUAGUAUUAGUGUUUUUAGCCAUGUAACAACUCCAGAACAGCAGGUAGGAGCACUUUCCUCACCUGUGGUAUUAACGAAGAUUCAAGAUACUUCAGAAAGGUUCAGGACAUUAAACAUGGAAGAAUUUAACCAGCAACUCAUCGUUGUUCCUGUAAAAAAGAAGAAGAAACGGAAGCAAGCAAGUUCUACAACAGAAGGCAGUCUCAUAAAACAUGAAAUUGACUGUUCCAAUAGCUCCCAAAGUUCAGAGCCAGCACUUUUGAGUGACUUUGCUAUUGAUGGCUCCAUAACCACGACUUGUGAUUUGUCUGAUCAAAUGAGUUUGUUGAGCAGCAGCCUGGAUCACUUGACCACAGAUUCUCCUGAACGAGAGAGCCAGAUUCGUACAGAAUUGGAUAUGAUUUUACAGGAAGAGAAUAAUUCCAACCUUUUUGGCUCCAUACCAUCUUCUAAAUCUGUACCAACACUACAGGAUGAUCAUCUCUCUUCAGACUGUUCACCAAAACCUUUGAAGAGUACAAAUGCAGUGAAUGAAAAGACACAUUCCUCUGAUCUGAGCUUUGCAGAAUGUCUAGACCAUGUAUCUUCUAUCAAAUUAAAAAUUUUAGACAGUUAUUGCAGUGAAAAUGAAGAUUACAGAGGUGAGGUUUCAGUGUUAAAUUGCUCUGAACCACUAAUUGGACUGCAAGAAAAUUUAGAUAGCACUAUGUUAGAAGCAGCUUGCAACAGUGAACCUUUUGAAUUAAGAUCUCAAGAUCCAGAAAACAGUGGGUUGGCUGGUGGCCUAAAUUUGCAAGGAUCUUUAAGUGAAAGCUCAGAGUCUUUCUUGGAUGAGCGACAUGCACUAUUGAUGAGAAUUCUUUCACCAGAUAAAGGUCCGAACAAACAAGAAACCAAAGUUUUUUCACAAUUGUAUGUUUCAUACAAUGAACCACAUUUAUUAGAUUCAACUGAAACUCCACAAACUUUUGAAACUGUUUGCUGUGUUGGUAAUGGUGCCACUGAAAAAAAGAGCACCCAAGAACAACUUUCAUCAUCCAGUGAUGACGAAGAUAUUUAUGCUCAUGGAGGACCUCAUUCGUUAUCUGAAGCCAACAUAACUGAACUCUCUCUCAGUUGCAAUGCUGAAAAAUCAUUCUGUUCAGUUUUUCAAGAUUUGAAUAAUUCUGCUCCAGAUGAAAUGGAGCUUUUAAAAUCGGAUCAGUUUGCUGAGAGUUGGAUGGGUUACUCUGGCCCCGGGUAUAGUAUCCUCAGCCUGGUAGUCUCUGAAAAGCACGUCUGGUGUCUAGAUUACAAGGGUGGGCUAUACUGUAGCCCUUUUCAUGCUACAAGUUUGCGGUGGCAGAAGUUUGAAGAUGGUGUCCAGCAGGUGGCAGUAUCACCAUCAGGUACGCUGUUAUGGAAGAUUGAACAAAAAUCAAGCAAAGCUUUUGCCUGUGGUAAAGUGACAAUGAAGGGGAAGAGGCAUUGGUAUGAGGCUUUACCAAAUGCUGCAUAUGUGGCUUUAAGUGAUGACACUGCAUGGAUCAUCCAAACCAAUGGAGAACUCUACCUGCAAACAGGCCUUAGUGCAGAUCGACCUUGUGCGAGAGCAGUGAAGGUGGAAUGCCCUUAUCCAUUAGUGCAAAUUACUUCCAGGAAUAAUGUGGUAUGGGCACUGACAGAACAGCGAACAAUUCUCUUCAGAAAUGGCAUAAGCAGCUUUUGUCCAGAGGGAGAGCAUUGGACGUCUGAUAUUGUAAGUGAAAGGCAGAUGCUGGAGUCAGUGUGUAUAGCAUUGGGAGACCAACAGACAGUCUGGGUUUUAGACACAAAUGGCAACCUCUGGUUCCGCACUGGCAUCUCUUCAAAGAAACCUCAAGGUGAAGAUGAUCACUGGUGGCAGGUGAGCAUAACGGAUUAUGUGGUCUUCGAUCAGUGCAACAUCUUCCAGACAAUAAUCCAUGCAACACAUAGUGUAGCCACAGUUGCUCAGGCUCCAGUAGAAAAAGUAGCAGACAAACUGCGAGGUGCCUUAUGGUCGCAACAGCCUCCAUCUCAGCCAAGUCUCAUCAGUGUUAACAGUAGUGGUGUGUGGAUUACGUCGGGAAAAAAUGAGUUCCACGUGGCAAAGGGCAAUCUAUUAGCUACAUUUUGGAAAACAAUUGUACCUCGAGGAACUGUGUCAGCUACAAAAUGGGCUUUUGUCAUGGCUUCCAUGGCUCCUAUUAAAAAAGGAAGUUUUCUGUGGCUGGGACAAAGCAACAAGGACCUCUUCUGCAUCAGUGAUCAAAAUCCUGAGUUUCGGCCGUCCACUGUACAAUUACCUCCCGAUGUAGAGAUGGUACAGAUUUCUGCCAGCCACGAUGCUGUAUGGGGCCUGGACUUGAAGGGCAAAAUUCAUAUAAGGACAUUGUCAGAAAACUGCCCAAGUGGUAUGCACUGGACCAAACUGGAUCUUACCCAGUUAGGGAGUAUAAAACUAGCAAGUUUAGCAUGUGGAGGUCAACAUGUAUGGGCUUGUGAUGUUGAUGGGAUUAUUUACUUCCGUGUGGGGACACAACCAUUGAACCCCAGCAUGAUGCUGCCUGCUUGGAUAACCAUUGAGCCACCAGAGCAGCCUUUAGGAACACAACUGAUCAGCAUUUAUUCCAGUCCCAAUGACCAGAUGGUUUGGGCCAUUGACAGUCGAGGAAAUGUGCAUGUGCGAGUUGGAAUAACAGAAGCAAUGCCUGUAGGCACUGAUUGGGAACAUGUGCCAGGUUUACAGGCAAGUCAAUUAACUGUGAGUUACAGAACAGUGUGGGUACGUUGUUCUAAUGGAGACAUAGCACGUCGUUAUGGAAUAACUAAUAAAAACCCUGCAGGCGAUUAUUGGAAAAAAAUUCCCGGCAAUGUGAUUUGCUUAACAGUUACUCCUCAAGAUGAACUUUGGGCCAUUAGUACUGGAGGCUCCCUUCUUCAGCGACUUACCAAGAAUUUUAGUCACGCUGAUACAUUAAUUAAUCUGAACCGUAUUACUCUUUUGGGUCAACCUGAGGACUUUGAUGAUGAGUGGGAGGUCAUCUGAAAAUCAGAGGCAUUACAACUUGCAGCAUUACAGGCUCUUAAUCAAGUCAUGAAUAUUACCUAUUCCUUUAUUUUAUGUAAAUUGUUAGUCUCAUUAGGGUUAACUGUUGCAUUGUUAAAAAUUUUGUACAAAUUUCUUUUGUGCUUUCAAUAUAAAUGUAAUUAAUGCAUCUUUUGUGGCCCUGCCAGUAUCAGUAUACAAACAGGUACAUUGUUCAACAAAGUAGUUAAAGGGCUUGAAAUGCUACCUUCUAAUUGAUAACUGUUGACUCAGUAUGCUUUUACAGCAGUGUGUUACAUUUCGACUGGCUUUCUGCACCUAAUCACUUAUUAAUCCAUGUAUCGACCCUCUGGAUUGUUGCUUUCCCAUUGAUAUUUGAGAUACCUACUUUGUCUAUUGUUUUCUUAACUUAUGUAAACUGGACAUUAGACAAAUCGGGAACAACAAACUUGCACAUCAAAUAGCAAUAAGAGCAGAAGUUGGCACACUUUAUUGAUGCAAAAAUGAUUUGCAAGCUGUAGUUAUGUUAUUGUCUUCUUGUUUUAUUACCACCUUCCUACUCCUGCUAGGAAGAGAAGCGACCUUGAACAGGGGUGAUCACGCCACAUUUGCACUUCCAUAAAUGAUCAAGAGUAAAUGUAUUUUUGCAAAGCAGGAAUGAUUUUUGUCAGUGACUUAACAAAUAUAGUAAUGGCACUAGUUUGACUGAAAGCAAGUGAAUUUCCCUGAACUGAAUCACUAUAUUCGAUUUCAGAUGAACCUGAAAUUCAAACUAAUUCCUGUAACUGGGAGUGGAGCAAUCUCCAACUAAAAAAAAUGACCAGGCUAUCAUAAAUUCAUUUUUAGAAAAAACAUUAAUAUUGUAGAAUAGUGUAAAUUAGAAUUUGGAACUUAUUUGUUUUGGAGCACUAUUAUUUAAGGUGCUUCUAACUGACAAUUAUAGUCGAAAAAAAUCUUCAUUGAUAGGAGUUGUAGAUGACUGCGUAGAACAUUACUAAAGAGUCUGUCUAUCUUAGUCUUGUGGAAGCAAGUUUAAAUAGAUCAGAUUUUGCUGUUAAAUGAUUAUGCUAGCUUCCAAAAAAGCCUUAUUAAAUACAUUGUUUAAUGUAAAUAGUAUAUGUGCUCAACUGUAAUAGUAAUUUGAAAUUUAAAUGCUUUUUUGCAAUUUUUUUUACUCAGUUUACAAACUGACAUAACUUGGUUAUAAUCAAGUUAUAGCCAAAUGUCAUUAGCAAUGCUUUUGUGUGGAAGAAAUAACAAUGUUUACACUUGUCAGGUAUAUUAAUCAAACUCUUGUGAAUAGAUUUCAUACAGUUUGAGUACAUUCUGAAAGUUUAGUUUGUUGCAUUUUGCACUUUGAGCAUUUCUAAUGAGUACCUUGUGAAAACCAGAUACUCCAGAACUUGUGGUAACCUACUUAUCGCAAAAUGGCUUAUUAUAUUAAUUGUACGGUAUACUGUGUUCCUGUUAGAUUGAAAUGAUGACUAACUUUAUUUGUUUUGAUCCAGGAGUCCAUGAAUGACACUUAAUUUUCUUCUGUGUAAACAACUGAAAAUAUGAAAUGUUUAAAAACAAAAAUAGUUCACCCUGUGGAAAGUCACACAUUCCACAAACAAGAACACUUUUUAAGAAAAACUAAUUGUAGUUUUAGCGUUAAUUUAACUAUCUGAACAUUAUUAGUUCAUUGUGCAACAUUAUCUUAAUAAUGAAGUUCUUUGGUCUACCUACCUAAAUCCUUUAACUAUGAAGGAUUUGCAUUGUGAUGUUGUAGCUAUGUAAAGAGAUAUGGCAGAGUUCCAGAUAAUUAUCUGAAAAUUAAACUUCUGAAACUUUACUCUUUAUGUUGAUAGUUGAUUUGCUGUUUAAGUUGACACCAGAAAAGUCACUCAGAAGUUACUUUUCUGAUCAUUCAAGUUUACUUUGCAAUUGGAUAUUCGGCAAAGUCUAAGUUUUUUUUAAUUAAUUUGAUAGAAUGAUACCCAUGAUUUAGAUGGGUAAAACCUAAAAUAUGAUUUAAAAAUAGAGAAUGGGCGAUGCAGUGAUCACCAUACUGCCCAGUCAUCGGUGUUUGAAUUCAGCCCAAUUAAUUAAAGUUUCAUGAAAGGAAUUAAAGUUUUUUUACCAGCUGUAAUUGUGCUCCAAUAAAUGAACUUGCAUAGUGUCAUCUAUGCUCAUAAUGUUUACAGGUCUGCAGCAAAAAUCUGUAUAGUUGAACAAAAAUUGGCAGUAUCACAGUUGUGAGUAAUAGAAAUAUUCAUAUUGAUCCAAGAGGAGGUGAUCUGACCUGGGACGAAUAAUAUUCUUGAUCAUGGUGCCCAGGUGCGAAAAAUGGAAAAUGUUUCACUGCUUGGGACCAUCAUCCCUUAUUUUGUUAGACACAACAAUAUAAAUGCAAUAUGAGAUGAGACAUUUUUGGACUAUUACUUGCACCCACUCCAAAUGUAAUAGUGAAAUUAGUUGUAAAAGUCUGCCCUUCUGUCAAGAAAGUAAUUUGCAAAUGUAAAUGACUAACCUGAUUAGGCCAACAAAAUUUACCGUAUCGUUUAAAAAUAUGAGCAAUUUUAUAUGCCUUAAAGUUUAAUUGCUCAAUUUCAUUUUCAUUCUUUGAAAGUAUUCCUAGUAAUUGUUACUCAUUCAGUGUUUUAGAUGCAGUAUAUGAAUUUAAAAUAUUUUUAAGCUGUUUAGUAAAUGUGCCUCUAGUACAUUAUAAUUUGGAUUUGCCAUGAUUAUUAUAUCCUGUGAUGGAUUGCAUAAUUGUUUGAGUGAGUAACCUGAUUUAAUAUUUUCAAAGGAAAGCAUGCAUAUAUGUGACAUUGCAACUUUGACUUGAUUGUGAUCUUUUUGAUGUGGCAUUCAAACAUUUUACAGUCUGGAAUACAUAUAGAUAAUAAAGUAAGUCAUAGAUUAAUUGCACAGUAAAUUGAAAAACUGUUGGCUGUGUCCGUAUGAAUUCACUGGAAAAGCUCUGGUGGUAUUUAAGCCAUGUUGUAUCCAGAAGAAUUUUACAUGCAUGCUCCUGCAUUGUAUAUUUAAUUCUUAUUUAUGAAUGGUUUCUAAUUACACCUAACAACAAAACUUAUUUAAAAAUGUUUAUAAUGUUUUACAUGGUGUAUCAAAGCUGGUACUGUUGCUGAAACAAUACCUGUACAUGGUUGCAUACUCUUUAGCAAAAAUGAAAUAAAGAUACUAAAAAAUC